AUGGCUCCAAGUUUUUGCAAAGAUGGUUCAGAUGUCACCACCCUCGUCGGCAGUUUUAACCACUCUCCGAUCAAGUUGGAGGGUUCAAGUUUCCUGGCCAAUGGCCAUGUCAUUCUCUCCGACGUCCCUGACAAUAUUAGCGUUGCCCCUUCACCCUACACCUCCAUUGACAAGUCAAUCACUUCCCUCGGAUGCUUUGUCGGCUUCAGCGCCGCUCAUUCAAGUAGCCGACACGUCGUUCCUGUAGGCAAAUUGAGGGACAUUAGGUUCAUGAGUAUAUUUAGGUUCAAGGUCUGGUGGACCACCCACUGGGUUGGCUCCAAUGGCCGAGACCUCGAGAACGAGACCCAGAUGGUGGUUCUCGAAAAAUCAGACUCUGGUCGUCCAUAUGUUCUCCUCCUUCCUCUCAUCGAAGGUCCAUUCCGGGCCUCGAUCCAGCCCGGCGACGACGACAACGUCGAUCUCUGCGUCGAGAGCGGCUCGACAAAGGCCACUGGUGGUUCCUUCCGGAGCGUCAUGUACGUGCAAUCCGGUGAAGAUCCGUACGUCCUGGUCAAGGAGGCCAUGAAAGUCAUCAGGGUUCACUUGGGCACGUUCAAGCUUUUGGAGGAGAAAACCCCUCCUGGUAUCGUGGAAAAAUUCGGUUGGUGCACGUGGGACGCAUUCUAUCUUACGGUGCACCCUCACGGUGUCUUAGAAGGCGUGAGAGGGCUCGUCGAAGGUGGGUCCCCGGGGCUCGUAUUACUCGACGAUGGGUGGCAGUCCAUCUGCCAUGAUGCGGACCCAAGCACCCAAGAGGGCAUGAACCAAACCGUAGCAGGCGAGCAAAUGCCAUGCAGGCUCUUGAAGUUUCAAGAGAACUACAAAUUCAGAGACUACAUCAGUCCGACCAAGUCCAGUACUGUCGGUGUCCCCAACAAGGGCAUGGGUGCCUUUAUUAGGGACCUAAAGGAGGAGUUCAAGAGUGUGGACUAUGUCUACGUGUGGCACGCACUGUGUGGGUACUGGGGCGGUUUGAGGCCCAAUGUCCCGGGAAUGCCUGAUUCUGUGGUUGUGAAGCCGGAGCUCUCACCGGGUUUGAAGCUGACGAUGGAGGAUCUGGCGGUGGAUAAGAUAGUUGACACUGGAGUUGGGCUGGUCCAACCGGAGGUCGUUCAUCAGAUGUACGAGGGUCUACACUCACACUUGGAGGCUGUUGGCAUCGAUGGAGUCAAGGUCGACGUUAUCCAUUUGCUGGAGAUGGUGUGCGAGAAUUACGGUGGAAGAGUGGAGCUGGCAAAAGCAUAUUACAAAGCAUUGACGGCUUCGGUGAGGAAGCACUUCAACGGAAAUGGUGUAAUCGCUAGCAUGGAGCACUGCAACGAUUUCAUGUUCCUCGGAACCGAGGCCAUCUCUCUCGGCCGUGUUGGGGACGAUUUCUGGUGCACUGAUCCAUCUGGUGAUCCAAAUGGCACAUUUUGGCUGCAGGGGUGUCACAUGGUGCAUUGCGCCUACAAUAGCUUAUGGAUGGGCAACUUCAUCCACCCAGAUUGGGAUAUGUUCCAAUCUACUCACCCAUGUGCUGCUUUCCAUGCUGCAUCGCGGGCUAUUUCUGGAGGUCCUAUUUAUAUAAGCGACACUGUUGGAAAGCACAACUUUGAGCUGCUCAAGACACUUAUUCUGCCUGAUGGCUCCAUUUUGCGCUGCGAACACUACGCACUUCCAAGCCGAGACUGCCUCUUCGAGGAUCCUCUACAUGAUGGAAAGACCAUGCUCAAAAUCUGGAACUUGAACAAGUACACUGGAGUUCUUGGGGCAUUCAACUGCCAAGGAGGUGGAUGGUGUCGUGAAACCAGGCGCAACCAAUGUGCUUCCCAAUAUUCCCAUGUUGUCACCUCUCUAGCUAACCCAAAAGAUAUUGAGUGGAAGAGUGGAAAGAAACCAAUUUCCAUUGAAGGGGUACAAAUUUUUGCCCUGUAUUAUCACCAGGCCAAGAAGAUAGUCCUCUCCAAGCCAUCCGAGAACGUGGAGAUAUCGUUGGAACCAUUCAAUUUCGAGCUCAUUACUGUUUCUCCAGUGACCUUUUUGGCUGGAACAUCUGUUCAAUUUGCUCCAAUUGGCUUGGUGAACAUGCUGAAUACUGGUGGAGCCAUUCAAUCCUUGGCCUUCAAUGAUCAUAUUGAGGCUAGCAACUCAGUUCAAAUUGGCGUGAAGGGCACGGGAGAAAUGAGGGUUUUCUCAUCAGAGAAACCAAUAGCUUGCAAGAUUGAUGACAAGGUUGUACCAUUUGAGUACAAGGAGUUCAUGGUUGUUAUUCAAGUACCAUGGCCUAGUUCUUCUAACUCAUCAAUGGUUGAGUACAUCUUCUCAACUUAGGGGACCGAUUAUUGUUAGGUUCCCUUAGGACUUCGAUGAUCCCAAGGUUUUUUUUUUCCUUUUCAAAUUUAGAAGUACGAUGAGUUUUUUUUACCCCAUCUUGGGGGAAAGUAACCAAGUGAAUUAAGCAAUAUGGAAGUUAUAUAUUAUUACA